GACGUACCCGGAAGUACUUUUCUAACCUGGACGCAGAUUAGUUGGGCCUUUGGUCGUUCGUGCUGGUACAAGAUUUGGGAACACGUUUGGCACAGCAGACAUGGUCCAGCUGCACGUGAAGCGGGGAGAUGAUAGUCAGUUUCUCUUUAACACAACAGUGGACGUUUCAGUGGACGCACUGAUUCUGCAGGUUGCUGCCAUUUACAAUGCAAGGCUGAAAGUGGACAGAAUUUGCUCUGAAAUGACGGAGCUUGCCGACCACGGCAUCACCCUCCCGCCAAACAUGCAAGGGCUGACCGACGAGCAGAUCGUUGAUCUCCGGUUACGGGACGAGUGGGGGGAGAAGUGCGUACCGAGCGGAGGAUCUGAGUUAAAGAAGGACGAGAUCGGACGGAGGAACGGCCACGCUCCGAACGAAAAAAUGAAGGAAGUGCUGCGUAAAACUACUGAAGAAGCCAAGGCCUUAGUUUCCAAGAAACAAGUGCAGGCCGGUGUGUGUGUCACCAUGGAGAUGGUGAGGGAGGCCCUGGAUAUGCUGCGGGGGGCUGUGAUGAUAGUGUACCCCAUGGGUCUACCUCCCCAUGAUCCAAUCAGGAUGGAGUUUGAGAACAAAGAAGAUCUCUCAGGAACACAGGCCUCACUACAAGUGAUUCCAGAGGAGGAAGCUCAGCUCUGGUGGGCGGGGAAGGAGAUGCAGACGGGAAAGAAGCUCCAGGACUACGUGGGGAGGAACGAAAAGACCAAGAUCAUGGUCAAGGUUCAGAAAAGGGGUCAGGGGGCACCAUCGCGAGAGCCGCUAGUCAAUGCCGAGGAGCAGAAACAGAUGAUGCUGCAUCACUACAGACGGCAGGAAGAGCUAAAGAAACUGGAAGAAGCCGACGACGACACGUACCUGCAGUCUGAAUGGUCAGACCGGCAAGCACUGAAGAGGCAGUUUCAGGGACUUAACAACAUAAAGUGGGGCCCCAGGUGAAGUGCUGAACAUCGUCUCUCCCCCUGAUGUUGUAGGUUUAGCGUUCAGCAAACGAACGGCUCACCUUACUUUCGGACUGUUGGACAAUCGAUCCCCAGUGUUUCGUCAUCUGUGCUGCGCAGUGGGUCAUCCAGGCCUUCAGGUCCAUCUAUGAAGUUGGUUUGUAACACUCCCUGGUGGAUUUCCGUGGCAGGUACAAAUAAAUCCAAUGUAACAUGAACCACA